UGCUGAGCUCACCCUACCCCACCUGCAUUACUUGUUUUCUUUUCCCCCUCCUUCCGAUCGUUUCCUUCUCUUUCCCUUCCAUUCAUUCCAACCAAUCCUUUCCAUUCACCACGCACAACCCGAAGAAUAUCCCGCAACAAUUCACCUGCUUUUCUUGAUUUGCUUUGGUGGUAUUAGUACGCUCACCCUCACUCUCUCACUUGCUCCAAUUGCGAUCAUUCGUGCUACGGCGACUGCUACCUACCACCUUACCUCCCUUCCCUUGCCUUACGUCCCUCACACACAUUCCCACGCAACGCCUCAUAUUCACCUUUUUUACCCUGCCCCACCAGAAAACUAAUCCAACCAAUUAGGGAGCUCCUGACAACUUCGCUAAAAAUGCUAUUCGUGCCCCGCACUGCUUCUGCGUUGAAAAGCACUUCGCUGCCCCUCCUUCGCAACACCUUCAUCAACAACUCUUUCAACUCCAUCUCUUCAAGACAAUUUCACGCAACUAAAUCAAAUAUGACCAUUUCAACUUACUUCGAUGUUACCUGGGAGGGUCCAGUCCUUGACGCUUCCGGAAAGGCUACCACUACUAUCCAAGAGCAAUCUGGAAGAAUCAAGUUCAACCUUUAUGAUGAUGUAGUCCCAAAGACCGCCGAGAACUUCCGUGCUCUCUGCACUGGUGAGAAGGGUUUCGGAUAUCAGGGUUCUUCCUUCCACAGAAUCAUUCCUCAAUUCAUGCUUCAAGGAGGUGACUUCACCCGUGGCAACGGUACCGGUGGAAAGUCAAUCUACGGUGAGAAGUUCGCCGAUGAGAACUUCGAGCGAAAGCACACCCGUCCAGGUCUCCUCUCCAUGGCCAACGCUGGACCAAACACCAUAAGUUUACAAAUCUCCAACGGCUCCCAAUUCUUCGUUACCACCGUUGUUACCAGCUGGUUGGAUGGCAAGCACGUCGUCUUCGGUGAGGUCGCCGAUGAGGAGUCCUUGAAGAUUGUCAAGGCUCUCGAGGCCACCGGAUCCGGCAGUGGAAAGGUUCAAUACAACAAGAAGCCAACCAUUGUCAAGUCCGGAGAGCUAUAAAUGCAUUUACUAGCGAGUGUAUCGGUGGCAGGUGGUUUUUGAGCCCGACAUCGUUCGGUAAUCUUCAUUAUGAUUAGCUAUCUGGCGGAAUGAAUGACGAAAAGUAAUGCAUCGGAUUUUACUAAACA